UGCCUGUUGCCAAUGGUAAAACGCGGCUGCGCAGUCUUUCGGUCCUCUUUUGGACCCGCAACUCUUCCGGUAUUAUGGCGAAGCGCACCAAGAAGGUGGGGAUCGUGGGGAAGUACGGCACCCGUUAUGGGGCCUCCCUCAGGAAGAUGGUGAAGAAGAUUGAGAUCAGCCAGCACGCCAAAUAUACCUGCUCUUUCUGCGGAAAGACAAAGAUGAAGAGAAAGGCCGUUGGCAUUUGGAACUGUGGGUCCUGUAUGAAGACUGUUGCUGGUGGCGCAUGGACGUACAACACAACGUCUGCUGUUACAGUGAAGUCUGCCAUCAGAAGGCUGAAGGAGUUGAAGGACCAGUGAUUCUUCAGCAGCUCAGUGUUUUUGUACAGUUUCAGAGAUUUGACUCGGACACUGAAUAAGCUAUGUGACCAGUUUGAACAUCCUGCAAUAAAAUGGUCAUCGCAA